AUGUUAGAAGUAAUGCGACCGUAUCGCAGAGUUGUAGAUUCAUUCACACACAGCAGUACUCCAGUCCAACGCACAAAGCGAUCAUUCAGUUCCACACCCCCACAUAAUAAGAAGGCAGUGAAUACCAGUAAUAUUGCUACUACUACUACUUCUACUACUACGAAUAUUAAUAAUAAUAUUAAUAAUAAUAAUUCGAAUACUCCUAAUAAAAAUACGAGGGUUUUUGCUAACUCUCCGUGGAGGGUGGCUAUUCCACCAAAGGGUAUUUUGAAAAGAACAUCAGCGGGCCGUUCCUCAUCAAUUGAGUCCGCCGGAUUAACGGAGGGUCAUUGCAGACAUGUACACUUUGAGGAUAGUUGUAUGUUGAAUGAUAACAGUAACUCCGGUAUAUUAACAGUGAGUAAUGAUAUUAUUUCCAGUAAUGAUGAUCUCUCUCUCUCAAGGACGACGACAGUAGUGAUGGGAAUAAGAGAAUCAGGAGAUGUGCCAACAGCAGCUUUGAUGAGAAAAGUGGGAUCCUCAACGGUGUGGGGGGAGGAUUCAUCGUGGUUUAAUGAACAGUUUUCUCUGGAAACGACUCCACGUAAGGAAAAGGAAAACCACAAUAAUAAUAAUAAUAACAAGAGUAAAAACAAAAGUAUAUACAAUGGAAAUCGUAGUCCAGGAACACCACGAAAAACAAAAACAGGUGUUGUUGCUACUACCCAUACCAACCACAUGGAUGCCACCGCUAGUAAUGACGAUAAUAAUUAUGAAAAGAAAAAUAAUAUCAACAGGAAUAACACUCAUACGAAAACCCGCAAGAGUAGUACUAUUACCAGUGAAAAGGGUAACUACAAAAAUCCCAAUGGGAAGAAAAAACGUAAUUAUAACCCCACCACCACCACCAGCAGCAGUAAUACUAUUAAUAAUAAUAAUACUCGAGGUGAUAAAAUGAAUACAAGACUUCCGACUAACCUUUCUCAAUUAAGAGAUGAUUUAUUAAGCCCCGCACGAAUAAUGACGCCUCGCUCGAGUAUAUUAGUUUCCAAUGUAACCUCUGAUAUGUGUGAAGGGUCCACAGAAGAUGCGGCGUUGCCUCUUUCUUCUUCUUCCCCUUCCUCCUCCUCCUCUCCUCCUCAUCUUUCUACUUCUACUUCUCCUUCUACCAUUCAUGCGAAUACUCCCCCAUCACCUCCGCCCGGUAAUAUAUAUGAAAGGGGUAUACCACCACAUAUUUCUCGAUUUCGUGUGGUGACAACACGACGAGGAACGCCGGGGCGGGCCUCUAGUGAAGCCGGUCUGUGCAAAGUGGAUAAAUCAACAGAUGCUCUUUUCUCAACAACAACAACAACAACAACAACGGCUUCGGCUGCGGCUGCUGCAACCCCACGGAAAAUGUCGUUAAUGCUCCGCUGGCGGCCAGGUACACCGCGUGUACCCCACAAUAAUAAUAAUAAUAAUAAUAAUAAUAAUAAUAAUAAUAUGAUGAUGCGGUGUGGGGGAGAGUCAAAAGUUGGUUGA